AUGUCCAUUGGAGCCGGUCUUAUCAGUACAUUGACAGCCGGAGGAGGCUUGGGAUUUCAGCAGGGGGGUGUUGCUGCCCAAGCCGUGCUCCCUUUGUCCAAGGUAUCCAUUGGUACUGCCAUUGUCUUGUUCCUCCAGAUCCUUGGCGGAUCCUUGUUCGUCGCAGUCGCGCAGAACAUUUUUGCCAGGGAGCUUAUCGGUAACCUCGAAGCCCUCAAUAUUCCAGGCUUUUCCUCAUCUGACGUGAUAAAUGGGGGAGCAACAAUUAUCCGAGCCAUGGUCAGCGAGUCGAGUUUGGCUAAUGUUCUUGUGGCAUAUAACGACCCGCUUGUGAAGGUCUCUCAGCUUUCUCUUGUCCUCGGUUGCUUGAGCAUGAUCGGGGCUCUAUGCAUUGAAUAG